CUUUAGGCCCCCAGAGUCAUCGCACCUCCAAUCCAUAUCAAUAUCACGAUCAAGUCUCAUUUUCUGUACACACCUACUGCUCCGAGACACCGGAUUCGCCACCUCCUCGAGUCACUCUCCCCUCUCGCAAAAGUCACAGCUCCGCAAUGAGUCCGGACGUAUCCAGCAUGGCUGGACCCCACCACCACCAGUCCAACGGAGUCGUCAGCGGCGAGGCAUCUGAUGAUCGUGUCCUCGUCAUUGGAUCCAUGGCUGCUGCCCAGAGCGGACAGUACCAGCAGGCCGUGCAGGAGGCGGGCCAGGGUGGACAACGGCAGGUGGAAAUGCACAUGGCGGAUCGGUUGAAGGAGGGAGCUACUGUCUUGAGCCCCUCGACGUAUCCCUACGCCAUGGUCCUACUCCCUGCUGCUGAGGCCCAAGACGCGGAUCUGCUUUCCAUCCUCUACACAAGUCUUCGCUCUCAAGGUCAACUACUGCUCGAGCUCGUCGGUCAGGCAGACGAGGCCUCCAUCAAGCGUAGUCGUGGUGAGCUGAUCGUCAGUGGCUUCUCCAGCGUCACGAUCGAAGCUGGUGGAAAGCUCGUAGCUACCAAGCUCGAGUCAGACGGAGGCAGCGGUAGUUCUAGUGGCGCUGCUUCGUCAUCCAUCAGCCUCAGCAACGGCAGUGGCGCUUCAGCCAGCGGCUCGACAGCGAUGCCCCUCCGACGCAAGGUCCUCGGCAACGCACGCACACCAGGUACAAAGACUUCGCUGUGGGCUACAGCCCCUGCUCCUGCCCAGAUCGACCCCGAAUCUCUUCUCAGCGAGGCAGACCGUCUAGUCCCCAAGGCGGCCCGUCGCGAGGACUGCGAUCUCGAGUCUGCUCUAGCCGGAGGCAAGAAGAAGAAGGCCUGCAAGGGCUGCACAUGUGGUCUACGCGAGCUCGAGGAAGAGGAGGAGAAUGCGAGGAUGAAUGGCACUUCGAUAGUCAAGCUAGACGAGAAUGAGCAGGAUCUACCAGCAGGAUCAAAUGUGCCUGGUGCGAAGACGGAAGUGACAGAGACAGUCGUGGAUGAGAAUGGUGUGACGAGGGUGGUGAAGAGGGUGCAGGUAGAUACAAAGGGCGCUACGAGUAGUUGCGGUAGCUGUUUCCUAGGAGACGCCUUCAGAUGUAGCGGAUGUCCUUACCUCGGCAUGCCCGCAUUCAAGCCCGGAGAGCAGGUCCUCAUUCCCGAUUCGAUGGACGACGAUCUUUAGAUGACUCGUCUUGUCUCACCCUUCUCAGCGAUUCCUUGACCGCGUCUGUGCUCUCCCGCGCUCAUCGCCACUUUGUCCGUCUUUCGCAUGCUCC